AUGAGCGAUUUGGAUCUAGUUACAACUGCACGUCCACCUAAAUCGGAUGAAUUAGUUCAUCCAAUGGAACAGAGAAGGUACGUUCUGGAAGCAGAAAGUUCCAUGGGUGAAUUGGACUCACCGGAGACUACUAGCUCAUUUGGUCUCCACUCUCAAUCACCGGACUCGCAAAAUUUGUUGAGUCAUCAUAACACUACUGGCACAUCUGUCGCUUCUUGUGUAACGUCUUCCACUUAUGCAACACCGGGUUUGUCAUCCUCCCAUUCAAUUCCCCUCGAUUAUGAUAUGAUUAUUGGUACUCACGAUCCUGCAUCGAUCACGCAUUCAAGCAGCAGUGUGAAUCACCCGGCUUAUCAUCCUUUGCAAUUGGAGGAACCCUCUUCAACCACCACUGAUGAGAUAUUCCCCGACAGUGGCUUUGAAGCUAACCCAAAUCAGUUUGAUAGUUGUAAAUCUGCCUCCCAACUUGGUUCAGAUGCGUUACAUUCUUCAAAUUACUCAAUCCAAGCCUCUCCUUGUGCGGGCAGUCGCGAGGUGACUAACACGAACCUAUCGGUCUACGAAUCGCUGCCAUCUGUGCCAUGGUCGUGUCAUCGCGGGGAUCAGGUACCGCGUAUGGAUAAUGAUCUUUCACCUGGAUGUAACGAGUCGUUGGAAGAAGAUUGUGUCCAAGUGUCUUACACAGCCAGCAAUGAAACGACAGGACCAAAUCUUACUUACGGGCGACAGGCGCUUUGUCAACGCACCUCGGGAAUGCACCAGUCAUGUGGACCGAACCCAAGUGUCGCCGAGAACAUUCCUGUCUCAUUCGGGUCGAACUCUGUUUGGGCUCCCUUGUUAUCAAGCCAAGUGAAGAAUGCAUCCGAACACUCACCAUCUCCCCCAGUCUCAGGAAUAUCCCAGUCCAGGACACAGUCGAUGAACUGUGUUCCCGGAACUGGACUGGUCAUCGGUAUCCCCAUCUCGACAGAUUCAUCCGGUCAUUCGAAGAAGCGUGCCAAUUCCGGCGGCCCGGAUGAAGGUCCUUCACAUAAGUCGGUAAUGAAUCAUGACCGCCUGAAGACAGUGGUUGUCAAUAUCAGGUUACCUGAGGAUAUACGGAAACGUCAAAGGUGGGUGGCGUUGAUCGAAUCCGAUGAUGAUGACGAUAAUGAUGAUGACGAUGAUGAUGACGAUGAUGAUAAUCGUAAACACUUGACCAACACUGCAGUGAUUCAGUUCGAACCAGACACAGAUUCGAUUGCGAACGCAGAUAUCUCUCCAAAUCUGAUGUACGACAAAACGAAUGAAAUCUUACGUCCACAAUCUAAUGGACCUUCAAGAUCCCGUGAGCUACCUUUCCUAUACAAUGGUCAUUCUGUGGAUAAUUUUCCACCUCAGAAUGAGGCCCACAUCCAAGCAGUAUUUCGUUCUGGCUAUGAACACCGACUACAGUUGGACUUGAUGAACCGUCUGAACUACACCCCGUCCUCCUCGUUUGACAUCUAUCUACCCCAUCCCUCUCAACCGGAUAGGGAAAACUCCCCAAUGUCGAGCGCAUCCAGCGAAAUCAGUGACAAUGAUGAACCCAGCAGUAUGGACGAGCGAUCGAAGAGCGGUGAGUGUUCAGUGGGUACACCGGUCACUGCCAGUUCAACCACCGCCAGUUCGAUUAACAACACGUCAACCGCGAUGGCUGUGGCUGCAGUGGCUGCGGCUGCAGCUGUUGUGGCCUGUGCGAAACAGAAGCGCCACCGGACCCGUUUCACCCCGAUCCAACUGACGGAAUUGGAACGGGCAUUCUCCAAGACACACUAUCCAGACAUUUUCAUGCGUGAAGAAUUGGCCUUACGCAUUGGGUUGACCGAGUCCCGAGUACAGCUAAAGAUAGCAAUACUUCAAUUAAAAGAGGAAUUGUUCAUGCUUGCUUUCUUCUUUGAGUACAUCCCACCAACGUAA